AUGCUCGUGCUCGAAGCCACUGCGUGUGUCGCAGCUGUCGAAGUCGACGCCGAUGACGCGUCCGAUACCAGGACUCGACCGAAAGGGGCCGAGCCGAAGAGCGCCCGUGAGGCGCUCUAUGCUGCUCAAUCGUUGCCGGCACUCGAGGCCUCCGGCAACCCUGUCGCUCCUCUUGUCCGGGAGUACAUUGACAUUUUCCCGGACAAGCCGUCCUCCUCCAGAUCGUGGGUCCUGCACGAGAUCGACCUCGUACCUGGUGCCAAGUACUGUGUGACGCGGCAGUGGCCGCUUCCCGGAGAUCAAGUAGAGGCAAUUGAUGCCUUCUUCGAGAGUCGCCGACAAGCCGGUCACGUACGCGAAAGUCUCUCUCCACAUUCCAGUCCGACCUUCUGUGUGAAGAAGGCCACCGGUGGAUGGCGGAUCGUUCACGCCUUCAACAAGCUAAACGAUACCACCAUUCCAGCCCAAACGCCAAUUCCACGCAUGGACAUGGUGCUCGACACCAUGUCUGGCAGCACGAAAUACAGUGCCAUAGAUCUGAUGGACGGGUUCUAUCAGAUCCUCAUGUGUGUAGAAGACGUGCCGUUGACCGCUGUCAGUACGCCGAGCGGGAUGCUAUGGGAAUGGUUGGUGAUGCCGCAGGGGCUUAAGAAUGACCCGGUCACUUUCAACAGAAUGGUGUCUAACCUGCUACGUCCAUACCGAGAGUUUUCGCCCAGCUAUUUUGACGAUAUCUUCAUCCACAGUCCCCAGGACGGCAUGAUCGACGUCGAGGUACAUCUGGAUCAUCUCCGCCAAGUGUUCGAGGAGAUGCGGGAGAACAAGCUGUACGCCAAUUUGAAGAAGUGUAUCUUCUGCGCUCCCGAGAUACCAGUGCUUGGGAGCUACGUCAGCAAGGAAGGUGUACGCGCUGAUCCUGAGAAGAUUGAAGCUAUCUGCGCUUGGCCCGUGCCUCAGGACCAGAAGCAGCCCCGACAGUGGUUGGGGCUCGCGAUGUACCUCCAUCAUUACUCGAAGAACUUCCCACUGACCAUCCAACCGCUGUCUCAACUGCUGAAAGCAGACGCCACGUGGUCGUGGCGCCCCGAGCACCAAACGGCCUUCGACGGUGAAGACGAGUUUGUAAACCGUGCCCAUCACUCGAAGCCCUUCCAUGUUGUGUGCGAUGCGAGUGACUUCGCGAUCGGCUGCGCCUUGAUGCAGUUUGACGACGAGGGACGCGAGCGAGUGGUGGGUUACCAAUCGCGUCAAUUGAAGCAGGCGGAACGGAAUUAUCCGGUUCACGAUAAGGAGCUGCUUGCCAUGCGCUACGCACUCAUCAAGUUCCGCGUGUAUCUCCUGGGUGAGAAAACCUUCGCGAUCUUCACAGAUCACGCGUCGCUGAGGACAGCGACGAAGAGCCCUCACUUGUCCCAGCGUAUGGCGCGCUGGCUGUCCCUGUUCUCCGAGCGUCCAUUACAAGCCGGGCAAGACAAACAUCCUCGCCGGCCCCGUUUUCGUCGGCCAGACUACGUGGAGUCAGGUCGCCACGCGAUUGGCGACGAAGAUGACGACGAGUGUGCUGUGUGUGUCGCCGAAGGAGUAGCUGCGGUCGAGGUUGCCGCGACCAGUCCACUACGCGACCUGAUCUCGGCUGCGUAUGGCUCGGAUGCAGAGUGCGCCGAGAUGUUGAAGUACCUGCGGGACCAGUCGAACACGGCACGACGCCGACUGUCUUCGCGUAGCCGCGCCCGUGUCGAUCGCUACGUCCUGGAUGGCAAGAUGCUGACAUAUUGCGUCGACCGCUCGGAUCAUCCACGCAUCGUCGUCCCACUGGACGACGAUCUCCGUGCUCGUUUAAUACAUGAGUUUCACGACACCCCGAGUGGUGGCCACCUUGUACGUGAGAAAACGUUCGCGUCGCUGUCUCGUGACUUCUACUGGCCGCAUAUGUAUAAGUGGGUGCGGAAGUGGGUACGCUCGUGUGAAGCGUGCCAGCGUGUCAAGCCGUCUCCGUCGAAGCAAGCACCCCUUCGACCACUUCCCGUCGCGAUAGACCCGUGGUCCUCGGUGAGCAUGGACUUUGUCUUCGGGCUGCCUCGUGACGCUCAAGGCCGCACUGGUGUUCUCGUCUUUGUUGACCGCUUCAGCAAGAUGGUGCAUCUUGCUCCAGUCGCUGUCUCAGUCACUGCAGUGCAAUCCGCGGCGAUCUUUCUCGAAAUCGUGUAUCGACACCACGGUCUACCGAGUUUGAUCGUCUCCGAUCGGGACCCGAGAUUCACCGCUGCCUUCUGGACAGAGCUCUUCAAGACGUUGGGGACGCGGUUGAAGAUGUCCAGAGACGGACGACCAACCCGAACGUGCAAACAGGGUAGUCGAAGACGUGCUGAAAAGCUUCUCCACGUCUUUUAA